UGGGGGCGGGGCCUCCGCUGGCAACAUGGCGGAGACCGACGGGGAGACAUUGGAGUCCUGGCUGAAUAAGGCCACCAACCCUUGCAACCGCGAAGAGGACUGGGAGUAUAUCAUCAAUUUCUGUGAUCAAGUUAAUAAGGAGUUGGAGGGUCCACAGAUUGCUGUCAGACUUCUGGCCCAUAAAAUCCAGUCACCUCAGGAAUGGGAAUCUCUGCAGGCACUCACAGUUCUCGAGGCAUGCAUGAAGAACUGCGGCAGGAGGUUCCACAAUGAAGUUGGCAAGUUCAGGUUCUUGAAUGAGCUUAUUAAGGUUGUUUCUCCCAAGUACCUUGGUGACAGGGUGUCAGAAAAAGUGAAAACUAAGGUCAUUGCGCUGCUGUAUAGCUGGACGGUUGCUUUGCCAGAGGAGAUCAAGAUAAAGGAUGCAUACCAGAUGCUAAAGAGACAAGGCAUUAUUCUCUCAGACCCAUUGAUUCCAUUGGAUCACACCUUAAUACCCUCUCCACCUGCUCGUCCCAAGAAUCCAAUCUUUGAAGAUGAAGAGCGGUCCAAGCUUUUAGCAAAAUUGUUAAAAAGCAAAAAUCCAGAUGACCUCCAGGAAGCUAACAAGCUCAUAAAAUCAAUGGUAAAAGAGGAUGAAGUGCGAAUGCAGAGGGUGAGUAAACGCAUUCACACUCUGGAAGAAGUGAAUAACAAUGUGAAGCUGCUGCAGGAAAUGUUGACACAUUACAAUAAAGAAGAGUCAUCUGAGGGUGACAGGGAACUUAUGAAGGAGUUGUUUGAGAGAUGCGAGACCAAGAGACUUACCUUGUUCAAAAUGGCAAGUGAAACAGAGGAUAAUGACAGUUGUCUAGGGGACAUCCUACAGGCAAGUGACAACUUAUCACGUGCCAUCAGUCAGUACAAGAAAGUGGUGGAGCAUCAAGAUAUCAAUGGAGAAAUUGACCUUCCGGAUAUAUCUGAACGAUCUUGUGUUGAUAGAGACGUGCCUACCCUCAUUGACCUUGGAGGAUGUGAAGCUCCCAGCACACCAUUGGACCUACCUUCAAUACCUGCAGCACCAGCACAACCACAGCAGCUGCCACCAUUUAUACCCACACUUCCCCCUCCUCCGCUCCUUCCAACUCAAUCCUGCAACCGUUUGUUGCAUAACGAUAAUGCCCUCAGUCAGAUGAACAGUGCAUCCAGCUCGCUUUGUCUCCUAGAUGAGGAGCUGCUGUUUUUAGGUCUAGAUGACUCAUCGGCAAAUGCAACCUUAGAUGGGGCUUUGAACAGCAAAUCAGAUAUGGUCCAGGUGGAGAAGGGGGAGCUUGACAUUCUUGCAGGACAGCCAUUAAUCUCAACUCCUACUCCUCCUCUGCUGGCACAGUCAUUGCAGCACAUGUGCCCCACGUCCGUGACUUCAUUCUCCACAGCUACCAGCUGUUCUACUUUCUUCACUACUGCCUCUACAGGACCAUCUCCAGUACAAACCAGCAGCCUUCCUCCGGGGGGCAUUGCAUUGCAUGAACUGGAAGUGCUUGGGCAGCAGCUCCUUGAGGAAGCUAAGGUGGCAUCAGCCAAGCCUGCAACCUCAGCUGGUGGUUUCAAUUUUUUAUCCUCUUCCAUUCCUAUGAAAUCUACAAGCUCAGUGGGCUCUGUAUCUGCUACCUCAUCUUUCAGUUCCCUUGUAGUAGCUCCUGGAAGUCCUAUCCUUCUUUCACAGCAGGCCAGCCCACAGAAAGGUUCCGAUAUCUCCUUAGCAAAUGUGAAUGUUCCUUUGGAAUUAAUAAAACCAAGUACCAUCCUCCCUGUGACUGCAUAUGACAAGAAUGGGUUUCGUAUCCUGUUUCACUUUGCCAAGGAUUGUCCGCCUAAUCGUCCCGAUACCCUGGUAGUGGUAAUCUCAAUGCUAAACACAGCACCCCUGCCAAUCCGCAAUAUUCUAAUGCAAGCAGCUGUGCCCAAGACAAUGAAGGUAAAACUGCAGCCUCCAUCCGGGACAGAGAUGUUAGCAUUUAAUCCCAUCCAGCCUCCUGCAGCUGUUACACAAGUCAUGUUGGUGGCAAAUCCUCUGAAGGAAAAAGUUCGUCUCAGGUAUAAGAUAUCCUUUACGCUAGGGGAGCAGAACUAUACAGAAGUGGGCGAAGUUGAUCAAUUCCCAGAGCCUGAUCAGUGGGGGAAGCUUUGACAUGAAUUCGGCUGAUUACUGUAGACUGUGACAAGGAAUAAAAGGUGACAUGGCGUCAAAGUUAAGAGUGUUUACACAUCUUGUCCGCACUUUCGUUAUUUGGAAGGAAGAACUGGCCGUGUGAAGAAAGAUACCCGCAACGCACUUUAUCCUGAGGAAUCAUUUGCCUCCCCAUUUAGAGCUUCUGGUGUCUGGACUUUGUAUGGUUGGCAUGACAAACCCGUGUCCUGUUUCCUCAUUCUCUCAUCCCUUGUUAUGCAUUUCACUAAAAGGAAGUUCUUCCAUGGUCUGCUAACAUGCUAGAUGUAUUGGGGGUGCUUUUUUAAAAAAAAAAAAACCCACAACCAUUCCUGGUGUAGAACAUUCCUGAUUUUUGGACAGUUUGAAGUCAUUUUUCAAUAAGCUACAACUCCAUGCGCAUCUCUCUUUGCCAGUAAGAACUACCCUUUUCAGCCAACUCGCUCUGGCUACUCAGUCUUGUGGGGCUUUAUUUUCUCCUAAACAGUAUUAUUGCAUUUUUUUUUAUUUUUAUUUGGAAAUGUAAAUGAAUCUCAUUAAAUACAUGAAUCACAAGGUCAAUUAAAAACCAGAAAGGGGAACAAAAACAGAAACUGAAGCCGAUUAAUAAUGCUCCGCAAUACAGGGUGAGAAUCUGACCCUAACCGUUUCAGUCCAAUACCAUGUAAAGACAUAGUCUAACAGUAAGUAACAUGUUGGCUGUAAAUUUGAAAAUAUAUCACAACCUACGUAACUGUGAAGUGUGAAUGUUGUUUAAAACCUGGAGCCUGCAUGUUGAAUAAACACUGUCUGAAGACUCCA